UUUCUCGGCCCCGGGCCGGCCCUCAGAGACAUCCCGGGCUUCUUCCAACUCGACCCGUGGCCUCCAACCGCGGACGCCGCUCACUAGGGCGUCGGCCCUUCUCCUUAGCAGCCAAGGAGGCCCGCCCUUCUCCCGGCUGUGUGGAACCAGAGGCGAAGGCCCGGUUUCCAGCCCGAUUGGGGAGAGAGCGAGCACUUCCCGGAAACCGGCGCCCACGUGAGGGGGACGCGUGUCGGGCGGCUUCCGGGGUCCCGCAGGGCAGUGAGCCGGGCUCCGGGGCCGGCAUGGUGAAGGCGAGGGGGCCGGCCGCCGGGCGCGCGCCGCGUGGCCCUGCGCCGGACGCCGGGCCCGUCAGGAAGCCGAGACGGAAGAAAAGAGUCUGGAAGAACAAAGCCCGAGAAGCCGGCGGGACGCCGGGGGUCGACCCCGGAGUGGUCGCGGUGCGGCCCCCAAAGGCCCCGGAGGACUUUUCCCCGAACUGGAAGGCGCUGCAGGAGCUGCUGAAACAAAGAUUACAGACUCCACAAGAGCCUCCACUUCUGUCUCAAACGGAUUCCAAAAAGCAGCCCCAGCGUGUCCAACAAAAUAGAAACUCGAUCUCAGAUAAAGCAAAGAGAGAUGCGAUGGGGACGGAAAACACAGACCCCGAGGUCAUAGGGGCCUCCGGGCCCUCGGGAUCGCUGAUGAGCAGGAAGAUACAGGUGCAGCCCAAGGAGAAAGGGGCCAAGAAAAGGACCAAUGGAGACAUUUCUCCGCAACAAGGCGACAUCAAACAUAAGAAGCGGAAAGCGAAGGAGCCGACCGCCCCCUCGCCUCCAGCCCCACCCACCAAAGACGACAUCUGGUUUGACGAUGUUGACCCAGCGGACAUUGAAGCGGCCAUCGGCCCGGAGGCAGCGAGCAUAGCGAGGCAGCAGCUGGGUCAGAGCGAGAGCAGCGGCACGCUGGUGAAGGAGCGGCCCUUCGGCGGGCUGACUAAAGCCUUAGCCAUGGACUGCGAGAUGGUGGGCGUGGGCCCCAAGGGGGAGGAGAGCAUCGUGGCCCGCGUGUCCCUGGUGAACCAGCACGGGAGGUGCGUGUACGACAAGCAUGUGAAGCCAACCCAGCCGGUGACUGACUACAGGACCGCAGUCAGCGGGGUCCGGCCCGCGGACCUGGCGCAGGGAGAAGAGUUUGAAGUUGUUCAGAGGGAAGUCGCGGAGCUGCUCAAGGGCCGGAUUCUGGUCGGACAUGCACUGCACAACGACCUCAAGGCACUGUUUCUGGGCCACCCGAAGAAGAAGAUCCGGGACACUCAGAAGUACAAGCCUUUCAGGACCCGAGUGAAGAGUGGACGGCCGUCUCUGAAGUUGCUUGCAGAGAGAAUCCUGGGGAUCCAGGUGCAGCAGGCGGAGCACUGUUCGGUCCAGGACGCGCAGGUGGCGAUGAGGCUGUAUGUCCUGGUGAAGAGGGACUGGGAGAGCCUCGCCGGGGACAGGCGGCCCCCCGCCCCCAAGGCCCACAGCCAGGACGCCUAGCAGGGCCCCACCCCCGGUGACCCUCGCGCCCGCGGGAGCCGCAGCCACAUCAGACGACGGAUGGAGCCCCGGAGCCCCCAGAGCCGGGACACUGAGGGCGGGUUUCAGAAUCAUGGCGGCAGAGGCGCGCAGCGUGCGUGCUGCUGAGCUGAGCUGAUGUCUCCGUCUGGUUGUGGAGUCCGGGCCUCUCCCACGCAGGGGCCAGGGCGGGAAGCGUCCGGUUGUCCCCGGGCCUCCAUCACCAUCCUCUCGGGGGCACCGCCCUCUCGGGGGCACCGUCCUCUCGGGGGCACCGCCCUCUCGGGGGCACCUUCCUCUCGGGGGCACCGUCCUCUCGGGGGCACCUUCCUCUCAGGGCCUUUCCCUCACCGCUGUCAGCAACGAGAAGGAAGGAACUCCGUGGACUCGGCCGUGGGCCGCACAGCUGCCCCGUCGCACCCUCGUUGAGGGGUUUUCUCUGCCACUCGGGGGCUUGGGGGGUCUCCUGAGGCUGGGGUUCUGCUCGCUGCACACCCCCCCUCCCCGCCGUGCACACCCGCUAUAUUUAAGUUCCCGGUUAGAGCCCGCAGCAGGCAGGGGGCUUGGGCUGCUCAGCGUGGUUUUCCCGGAGGUGGGUGCCUCCCGACCUGAAUGGACGUGUGAAUGCGGGUGUCUGCAGCGCCCCACCUGGCCUGGGGUGCGGGCUCUCUGAGGACAGGAACAGCCUUCUGCACUGAGGGGGGCGUGCGGCGCCCUAGGCUACGCUGAGCCCCCGCCAGCCGUGUGAAAAGUCUGAAGCCACCACGAAGGUCGUGUGACAUAAACGCAUGUUUUUAUUUGA